AGUGCGAGGGGGAAGCUGGCACUCUCCUCCUGCUGAAUGCGCUAGACAGCAGUGGGGCUCCAGUUGGCUGUGUGCGCUCAGACGCACAGACGCAAGCAUCCCACUGGCUGGAGUUGGAGGACACUCGCCCGUUUCGCUUCCACCGCUGCUCUGAUCCCUUGUCUUUGUCUCCCGGCGGUGAGAAGACCACCCGCACGGGAGAAGAAGAAAGAAAGAAUCACUUCUUCUUUUUCUAUAGACUGCUCAGAGUCAGAGAAACUGUGCGGAAUCUGGACUGGACACUUUUUUGGAGGGGAGAUUAUUCCUCGCAUGAGGCGAACUGGAUCUGUUUUGUACAUCGGAGCGCACACUGCUACGUCUUUUCAAUGGAUUUCAAUACAGUGGAAGUACCUUGGGAAUUAAACUACAAUUAAGUCGCUUUUAGUUCGCAAAUUUCGUUAUAAUAAGGGUUUGUGUUUCACAUGGAGAGAAAGACGAUGAUACUCCCAGCAUUGUAUGUCCUUCUGCCUCUUUUUGAUGUGUUGGCGUACGCCGAGGAGAACCUGCGUACUGGGGCCACCCGGCUGGACUGUGUGAGAGCCAGUGAGCAGUGCCUGAAGGAGCAGGGCUGCAGCACCAAGUACCGCACCAUGAGGCAGUGCGUGGCCGGCGGCAAGGAGAGCAACUUCAGCAUGGUGGCCGGCCUGGAGGCCAAGGACGAGUGCCGGAGCGCAAUGGACGCGCUCAAACAGAGCCCGCUGUACAACUGCCGGUGUAAACGGGGCAUGAAGAAAGAGAAGAACUGCCUGCGCAUUUACUGGGGGAUCUAUCAGACAUUACAAGGUAACGAUUUUUUGGAGGAUUCUCCAUAUGAACCCGUGAACAGCCGUCUAUCUGACAUAUUCCGCCUGGCUCCCAUCAUAGGUGAGCCUGCAGUGGCCAGGGAGAAUAACUGUCUGAAUGCUGCCAAGGCCUGCAACCUGAAUGACACGUGUAAGAAGUACCGCUCUGCCUACAUCAGCCCCUGCACAAGCCGCGUCUCCACCGCUGAAGUCUGCAACAAGAGGAAGUGCCACAAGGCCCUGCGGCAGUUCUUUGACAAGGUUCCCCCGAAGCACAGCUAUGGCAUGCUGUACUGCUCGUGCCCACUGAGCGACCAGACUGCAUGUUCUGAACGCAGGCGUCAGACCAUCGUCCCUGUCUGUUCAUACGAAGAAAAGCAGAAACCCAACUGUCUGGAGCUGCAGGCCUCCUGCAAGACCAACUACAUCUGCAGGUCACGACUGGCUGACUUCUUUGUCAACUGCCAGCCGGAGCCUCGCUCGCUGUCAGGCUGUCUGAAGGAGAACUACGGAGACUGCCUCCUCUCAUACUCCGGUCUGAUUGGUACCGUGAUGACUCCCAACUACCUGCGCUCACCCAAAAUCAGCGUCUCUCCGUACUGCGACUGCAGCAACAGUGGAAACAACAAGGACGAGUGUGACAGGUUCACCGAGUUUUUCACCGAGAACACCUGCCUCCGUAAUGCCAUCCAGGCCUUUGGGAAUGGGACAGAUGUGGGAGUGUGGCAGCCGAUGUCCCCAGUCCAGACCACCACCUCCACCACCACCCCCUACCAGAGGAACCGUGAACGCAACCCCAACACCAUCGACAACAACAUCAACACAGACCCCGGCAUCUACCACUUCUGUGGCAGCCUACAGGCUCAGAAAUUGAAGUCAAACUCAACUGUUGAUGGCGUCUUCUGUGUGGACCCUCAGAUAGACGGUCCAAGUACGUCCAACGCCAUCCCGAGAAACUCAGCCGUCUCCAGACGGCCCGUGGGCCUGGCCUCUCUGCUGCCCCCGCUGCUCUGGCUGUGCUACUGCUCCUCGCCGGGCUUCUUGUAGCCUUGCAACAAAUUACAACGGACUGACAAACACACAUUUGUAUAAAAGAAAAAGCAAAACAAGAAAUUAUAUAUCCUUUUCUUCUCAGUAAUACCUGUUGUACUUUUAUUUCCCACUCUCUUUUUAUUCCUACUUUAUUUGUUUGUUUUUUUAUGAAUUUUGUUGUUUCAUUUUGUUUAUUAUGUUUUUUUGCAUUGCAGCUGUGUGCUAAAGCGGUGAUCUAUCUACGUGUUAACUCAGUUUGGCUGUGUGUUCCCUUUGGUUAGCUGAAAAAAAGGGAUUUAAAGCGUCCGUGUUGCUCAGAAAUGAGAAAUUCUCGAGCAUUACAUUCCAAUAAACCACAGCAGGUGGCUCUUGGAAAAGGUACACACACAAUGUAAAUUAGCAUCAGUUUUCAGAGUCGUCAAAUCAGUUUUCACCCACGUCUGUUUGUGUGUUGAGGCUAUAGGUGGGAUCUUUAGCUUACAAGUCACAGUCGGUUCAGCGAAGGCUACAUUUUAUCACUUGGGCAGCCUUUUAGGUGUUAUUCAGUCUCCUCUGUGGUUUGUGUAUGUUUUGAUAAUGACGUGAUCUGGUAUUUUGCAUUUUUAUGAAAAGUCCACAUGGAUAUUUACCUGACAAAAAAAUAAUAAACAAAUAAAAAAAACAGGGUGAACACCAAUAACUUGAAACAUCAGAGAACAUCCGCGCCCAAUCCGUCUUUAUUGUAGCUCAAACUGAACACACAUCGCCGCUGGCAAAAGCACACAGGCAAAGACCCACACACACAUACUGCACAUGUUCACACACUCAGACAAAAACACAGAGAAACACACACAGCGCUACGCUUCCCGCUCCCUUUUUUUUUUUACACUUGGGUUUUGCCAACAGAGGGGUAUUCAGAGAUCACAGGACAGUAGGUUCCACGCUGCUGUGGAUGGCUGAAUCCACUCCACUCAUUAGUGAUUGUACAUACUUGUUAUUGUUAGAAGCCAUGUUCAGGGUUUCUCUGUGGAAGGUGCCAGAGGAGCUGCUGCAGUUUCACCUAAUUUUUUUUUUUUUUUUGAUGUACUUUGCUGCACUGCGUCCACAGAAACAAGAGCUGAGGAAAAAAAAAAGGCUUAUUGUUGUCGAGUAUAUUCAACGGUAACUCACACCUCCAUCACGCCGACAGAGCUCAAAGCGUCCUUUUCUGUCAGUCCAGUGUUACGACUUAUUGCCUCAAUUGUGAAACUGUCAACACGUGUUUGGUGAGGGAGCGAUCACUUGAUAUUGACCAUUUGCUAAACCUCAACCACCUUUACAGUACUUACUCCCACUGCAGUAGGCAAGGUAUUCUAGUGCAGCAUGUUUUCAGUUUUCCGUAAUAAGUGAGGAAGAGGUCAAGUUCUUAGUAAGUUUUGUAUUUGUCUUUGAUUUCAGUAGAAGAAGAUGAUUAUCAAAUUUGACUGUUAAAACUGUCUAUUAUUGGCAUGCCCUGCAGCUCACUAAUUAAUGAAUUUCCAUUGGACUUUUUACCAUUUAUGGCCAACUUAUUUGAAGAUAUGAUCCUUGAUUAAGGGUUUUUGUUUUGCUUAGCUUGUACCCCAACAAAUAAUGUAGUUUGCUGCAAUCCUCUCUUUGGCUUUGGAGCUAAGACUUUAGUGCUACUGUAACAAUAUAUACCCAGAUGUGCUCCCAUUAGCAGCUCAGAAAUCAUAAUGUUUCAUCCUCUUUUGCACUUUUGCUCUCAUUUUUAGAUCUGGAAAGGUGAAAAAACUGACACCAACUUUCAAGCUCAUUAAAUACACGGAUACAGUUGAGGUCGUUUAGGGCCACGUCUAAAGAUAUAAUGAUAUUUUCAGAAAUAAGAUAUUUCCUCUGUGUUUUGGCCUCUUGUUCACACAGUUUUAUGGCCACAAAAACAGAGAUUUUCUCAAACACCGUCUCAGGUGCAGAUUAUUACAAAACAUGUUAAACAGAGUGACGUCAUCUUCUUAAUUUGCAGAUAGCCAUUGUAGCAUUAUGAGUGAGCAUGCGCUAGAAAUCACAACAAUGGCAGAAUGUGUUUGUUUAUAUUUGUUUACCUAUGUUACAGACCUCAUAUUAAAGGAAGCUGAGUUUCACCUGCAUGGUACGGCUCCAAUUAACUAGACUCAACUUCUCAGCUGCUCCUCGGAGACCCCGAGGCGUUCCCAGGCCAGAUGACAUAUUUAAUUCUUCCAGCGUUUCUGGGUCUACCCAAGGUUUUCUUAAUAGAUGCCUGAACAAACCUGGACUUGCUUCUUUCAAUGCGAAGGAGAGGCAGCUCUACUCCGAGAUCCUCUCCCAGUCCAGUGUGGUUAUUAUAGUUAAUGAAAACAAGAAUUGAAAAAACAUUUUCGAGUUUAACAAAAAACGAUAACUAACUGAAACUGUAUUGUGAGGUUACAAAACUAACUAAAAAUAACGAAAAUUAUAGUGAAAAUGUCCUUCGUUUUCAUCUUUGUCAACUUUUUUCAUACAUAAUCCAGUGUUUCUAUUAGAAAGAGGAUUCUGUUUGUGAACAUACAGGAACACAUGGUAAAUAUGUUUACUGAGACAGGGAUGUCUACACUCCAACCAACAUUCAAAACACCUGGAACUGUAAGAGUUAAUAACCUUAUUGGGACUAAGAUGGACAAACCAAAGGAAAUAAAGGCAAAAUUUAUUAUAACCUCUUUGAAUCUCACACCCAACACAUAGCCCAUUACAAAAAAACUAAAACUAAUAAAAACUAAACUAAAACUAAGCAUUUAAAAAAAUAAAUAAAAAUAAACUAAAACUAGCAAACUCACUCUAAAAACUAAUUCAAACUAACUGAAUUUGAAAACAAAAAAUUACAACGAAAUUAAAACUAAGACUAAUAAAAAAUCCAAAACUAUUAUAAUCUUGGUGUGGAUGGAUUUAUUUUGUAAAAUGAAGGUUGUGCUGGCACAUUUUUCUUUUUUUACCAAAGGGGCCAAUAUGUUGUGUAGACAGGGCUUGGUUGAGCACCACCUCAUCCAAGUUAAGAGCUUAAUUACAAUGGUGAAUCAUUAUUUGGAGAUCGGGUUCAGCAAAUGGUCAAUUCAGUCUCCUGCAGCAAACACAUGCCAUGUGACUUAUGUACUGUUUGUCAAUAGUUGAAGCAUUUUCUAUGUUUGCUUCUGAGGACUGCUGGGAAAAUACAAAAAAAAAAGCCACCGCAUCGCGAUCACGUUUAAUUCUCAGUCGUAGACGCAUCUGUUCUCAUCAGCUCCUUCAGACGGAGGCUUAUGCUUUGUGAAUUCUCCUCACAGGAAAUACGAGCUUGUCCCCUUACAACAUGUGAUCCAACACGUUUACAUACAUCACUGUGGCAUGUUCAGCAAAUUACGUUAACCAUUGGGACAGUGACAGGAGCAUUUAUGACACGCUGCUUGGGUUCAUGUAGCUUCUCUAAAACAUGAUUAAUGUAUAGUAGAACUUAAAUGUUAUUUACCGAGCAUAAACAUGGUAUAUGCACUGUA